CCUUUACCAAGCAGCGAACACAGAAAGGCAGGAGAGAAAGAGGAAAAUAUAGCAUUAUACGUGACUGUAGUUGAAAUAUGUGUGCUUAAAAGAAAGAUAUUUGAAACAAUUAAGGUAGGAUACACAGAGGUCGGCAGUACAAACGGUUCUAAAUCUUCUAAGUGCCUCAGAAUCGAGCCUACCGUCCAGUCAUCUGUUCGGUUUGUCGUAGAGGGAAGGAAGAGUGUUCGCCCAAAGAGACGCAGCGCAAGUGAAACCAUGAAUCCCGAGUAUGACUAUCUGUUCAAGCUGCUCCUCAUCGGAGACUCUGGAGUGGGAAAAUCCUGUCUUCUUCUGCGCUUCGCUGAUGACACCUACACAGAGAGCUACAUCAGCACCAUCGGAGUGGACUUCAAGAUCCGCACCAUCGAGCUAGACAGCAAGACUAUUAAACUGCAGAUUUGGGACACUGCAGGUCAGGAGAGGUUUCGAACCAUCACCUCUAGUUACUACCGUGGAGCCCAUGGCAUCAUCGUGGUGUAUGACGUGACCGACCAGGAGUCUUAUAACAACAUCAAGCAGUGGCUGCAGGAAAUCGACCGCUAUGCCAGUGAAAAUGUGAACAAGCUUUUGGUGGGCAACAAGUGUGACCUCACUACUAAGAAAGUGGUGGACUACACUACAGCCAAGGAGUUUGCCGACUCUCUGGCCAUCCCCUUCCUGGAGACGAGUGCCAAGAACGCCACCAACGUAGAGCAGGCUUUCAUGACCAUGGCGGCUGAGAUCAAGAAGCGCAUGGGGCCAGGUGCCACGGCCAGCGGCGACAAGCCCAACCUAAAGAUUGAGAGCACCCCAGUGAGGCAGUCUGGAGGUGGCUGCUGUUAAGGGACCCAUGCCCUCGCACCCCUAAACCCCACAUCUCUUGUGAAUCCCUCUUUCAUGUUCGUUCUUCCCUUUCCCUCACCUUCACCAUUUCAUCACUUUAACCCCCCUGACCCCUGCCACUCCCUCCCCAGCCUGCCUUCUUAGCCCUGCCUUCCGUUUAGCACCUUUGGGCAUCAGAGAGGGUUGAAAGGUCAGGUAAUGACCCCUCUGGGUGCUGAUCUGAUGGAAGCACGGUGGAAGGUUCCAGAGUCUGAUGGGUGAAGCUGCAGUGAUGCGUUCUGCUCAGAGGACAGAGGAUUGUUACAGGGAAGGCUGGUUCACUGAGAGACUUCGCCUGUUCCUGCUCACACACUGUUGUCCAGUUAGAGUUAAAAAGACUGAAGUCAAAUUUCUUCACCCCCCCCCCACCCCCCUCACCUUCAUCCCCACCCUGUUCGGUCCUGGGAGGAUUUCCCCUUCUGCUGUUGCUCUCAGACUGUAAUCAUCGCACAAGUUCCCCGUUAAGGCUCCAGAUGGCGCUCUCUCAGGCAGCCUCUUCCAUCCGUCCGCUUCGUUAGCGUCGUUCCUUGUAGCCUGCCGUACAAACAUUCAUUUCCAACAUUUGGGGCCUUAAAUGUUUGCUGACAUCUCAACUCAUGUCUUAGCUACAUGCUAGCAUCCCCCCUCUGUGUACUGACAAAGGAGUACACACACAGAUCCAGGUGGUCCACCUGGAGAGUAGGGGUCAGCUGGGGUAAAACCCUGACCUUCAGUGUUCAGAGCACACCUCUCAACUGGACCUGGGCGGAUAAGGAUGGUGCCAUCCACCCUUAUCCGCCCAGGCCCAGUGGAGACUGGAAUCUAUGGCAUUAGCUUUCCCUUGACGACUGAACAUCGAGACACUGUGUUUCUGUCAGCAGGUGGCGUUAUUCCUUACAGAUUAUAGCAUUAGAAGACCGGGAAGCCCUUCAUCAGCUUCAUUAUUGUUGAGGUUUUAUUGAUAUCGGCCCAGUAAGAUUUGUGGAGAACACGUGAAGCUACAGAUGUGUCUGCGAUACUGUUGCUGAGACGACCUCUCCGACUCAGUUGUUUGGGUCACAGCUGUUGAACCCGUAGACCCUCGUCAAAUGACCUGUGAUUGUUUUGAGUAGACAGCAUCAUAACUAUUCACACUCAUUCACAGAUGUGCAUCAUUUAUAGAGAUUGUCUUAGAGUUCAGUCAUGUUGGGUGGCCAGACCUUCCUAUUUAGCUUCCAGCUGCCCACCUUUUGCUGGUUAAUAUUAGAUGCGUCACAUUUUUGUCUUAUCUUGUUAGAUGAUGAUAAUUAUCUGGAGGUGAUCCAGUUGGGGUCAGAAGUUUUUUUCAGUUUGUUAUAGGAAGGUUUGACAGCAAGGCCUGAGAACCUGGGAGGAGUCUGAAUGGACCGGAGGACAUUCCAGCUGGACUCACCAGUUCUCACUCUCCUGUUAGCAUUGUAGCAUCAAAGGGUUAGGAGUCUGUUUCCAAGCCCAGAGCUCUGAGCGAUGUUAGAACUGAUAGCCAUGUCUUAGUGGACUUUAGGGGAACCAGAAGGGGGUGAACCAGAUGGGGGGGAGGGAACCAACGUCCCUCUGCAAUAAGUGAACUGUCUUCUAGCAGCACUGAGCCUCCUGCUGUAAACUAGAACUGGAAGUUUUCUGCCGUCGUCCUCCAGAGCUCCUAGCUCCUUCUCUUAGUGGUUGUGAUGCUGAUUGCUUCAUCCUUGGCACCUUCCUCUGGAGUUUCAGGGACUGACUGGUCUUGGCUUGCUGACCGGAUAUGAACUCCCUGAUUUUCCCUUCCCAUCCGUCCCACAGCUGGCACUCCCCAGAAACACCUGGAGGUAGGAGACCCCUAGUGGUCAAAGGCACCAACUGACCUGGUUCAGCGCUGUCAUCACUCUGGGGUGGGGUUUCUGUCAGGUUGAAUCUGAUGUUGAAUAAAGCUUGAGCCGUCGGUGGGUACCCCUCCCCAUCACAGCAUCACGCCGUUCUCACAUGUAGAUGCACAACUAGAAAUCAUGAAUAAAACUUUGUCUAACUCUCACACAUGUAAGUUUGGGCUUUGAUUACAUGUCUUUAUAUUUUCAACCAGUCUUUGUAUUCUAGGCUGCUGGUUUUGGUGUAUUCAUUGAAUAAUAUACUGUUUACUGAAUGGAAGUAGGGGUUGGGGGUGCUGAUCAGGUGGGGUUCAAUAGAAAGGGUGGGGGGGUUUGCUCAUGCUCAUGAAUGUGGUCUGCAUUUACUUUUUUUUACUUUUCACUUUGGAUUGUUUUGGUUAAGGGGGUAUUCUGUGUCGUUUGCACAAUUCUUUAUUGCUUUUUAAUAGUUAAAUGCAGCAAGGCACUCAUUAGACGGUGUUGGUUAAAAAACACCAAGUAAUUGUCACUUUUUUGUCUUGUUUGGCUUGUCCCCUUUGGUUUUGUCUUACUGCAGAGUUUGAUCAUGUUUCUUUCUGUACAUAUUAAAAAGAUGUAUGUAAUAAAAUUCUGAAAAACAAUGA